GUGGUCUUGGCCUGUGCUAUAUAAGACUGUGUGUGUGUGUGUGUGUGUGUGUGUGUGUGUGUGUGUGUGUGUGUGUGUGUGUGUGUGUGUCCUGACUUGUAUAAAACACGCUGUUUAUGUGUCUGCCGUGCACAGCCAUGGCUCUGCGCACCGGGUGUCUCCUCCUGCCCCUCUUCUUCAUUGCAUUAGCAAGAGUCAUCUUGGUAGAUGCACAGGCAUGCGGCGACAUAGGACCCGAUACUUGUAAGGAUGACGCAGCCACAUUAUGUGCCGGCUGUACUAACGGAGUCGCUCUAGUUCCGAACCCUUUUGACUGCAGCAGUUACUACGUGUGCAAGGAUGAAACCACCUUCAUAACAGAUGACUCCCUCCUCUGCCCAGAUGGUGAUAUAUUCGACGAGAAUGAAUUGGCGUGCAAGCCAGACGGCAAUUGCUCGUUUAACUGCGAGCAGCCAGGUGACGGCGGGGAUUGUCUUUAUACAUGUGAAGGGAAUCCAGGCGGUAAGAUAGCUGACCCAUUUGACUGUAGCAUGUACCACCAAUGUACCGGUACUGAGCCUGGACCAGCUACAACGUGUCCUGCUGAUACACCGUACUUUGAUGGCGAGAAGUGUGGUGUGGAUGAGUCAGCUUGCUGCCACUGCCGCCCCUACUGCUACUCCGGGGACGAUGCAGGCAGUUACGUUGAGGACCCCACAGACUGUCGGAAGUUCUUCUUGUGCUUAGCGGAAAAUGAAAUACCGACGAUUCAAAGUGCGUGUAGAGAUGGUGAGCACUUUGACUUGCACACCAGGCAGUGUAGCAGCACGGCGCCGUGUGUCACGCUGUGCAGGAACUUGGUGGACGAGAACGGCUGCAUCGAUCCGUACACGUGCCAAGAAGCAGGCUUCUUCUCCAAAUGCAAGACACAGUGCCUUAGGGAAUACUACCACUGUGAAGAGGUCAGUGACGACUACGCCCCGACGGAGACGUGCUCCGAUGACCUUGUCUUCAACCCUGAUACUGUGCAGUGCAUCGAGAGUGAAUCGUGUCCGUACAGUCACCAGUACCUGCUUCUUGACCCUGUACCUGCCUAGCUGCUGCGGCGCCACCUGCCUCAAUAAACAGUGUUUCAUUC